AUGUCAUCGACGACAACAAUCACCGGCACGGUAGCCAGCACUAUUAGUUUGGAGGCUGUGUCCAGCCAAAUCAGCCCAAUAACCUCCAUAGUGUCAACCACAAUCGCUGCGACAGAAACAGUCCCUCAAUUAUCAAGAAACCUGUUUUUCACGGACGCCUCAAGCGACAGCUCAGCAGAUGGUCAGGCCGGGGCCACCAGUACUGGAAGCAGUCCAACGGGAAGUCAAACAGGGGACAGCAGCGCUGGGGACACUUUAACAGCAGGCCAAAUCGGAGGUAUCAGUGCAGGGGCCGUCGUGGGCUUCUUGCUCCUGGUGGGACUGGGGUGGCUGCUGACGCGGCAUCUGAUCCGAAUCUCGCGCUUCAUGGACAAGUUCAACAAUCAUCCCCGUGACAAACCCGACCAGCCGGCUGCAACUGGAGGAGAGGAAGGCACAAAAGACUCAGAGUUGAAAAUCCUGACCGAUGGCAACACUGGCCAUGAGCAACCGCUCGCUGAGUUGUCACCGCAGGAGAGGCCGCAGCUGCUCGAAGAGUGGGGAAGACACGGAAGCCGCGGGAAUGAGCUCACUGGAAGCCAGGAGGCACAUGGCAUAUCUGAGCUGGACGGUACUAGUGUAUCUAGGUAG